GCACCAACAACGUAUUAACGAGGGCGAGGAGACAAGCGAGUGGAGAAUGGCUUACCUCCAGCAAGCGCCGGCAUGGUUCCUCUGGCUGGUAUCCCUCGGCGCCCUAUACGUCUCGGCAUUGUUGCCCCGCCUCCUCGUCUACCUCACGCACUGCCUGCGCCGGCCCGAGGACCUCCGCCUGCGCUACGGCACGUGGGCGGUCGUCACCGGCCCGACGUCUGGCAUCGGCCGGUCCGUGGCCCUGGAGCUCGCACGCCGGGGCCUCAACCUUGUUCUGGUUGACCUCGAUGCCGCCAAUCUCCACGAAGUCUCCGGCACGAUCAUGUCUCGACACGCCGUGCAGACCAUGGCCGUGGUAUUCGACCUCUCGCUUGUCUCCACUCCUAAAGGUGACGAGGCGUUGCGGCGGCUCCGGGAUGCCGUGAAGAAGCUGGAUGUGGGGAUUCUGGUGAACAACGCCGGGAUAGCGAAGCCGGGUGCGGUGUUCCUGCAUGAGGCCGACGUGGAGGCGUGGGUGAGGAUGAUUCGCGUGAACCUGUGGGCGGUGACGGAGGUGACCGCCGCGGUGCUGCCCGGGAUGUUGCGGCGGGGCAGGGGCGCCAUCAUCAACAUGGGAUCGGCGUCGUCCGAGGGCAUCUCCUUACCCCUCCACACCAUGUAUUCCGCCACCAAACGGUAUGUCGCUCAGUUCUCCAGGAGCCUUUACGUUGAGUACAAAAGCACGGGGAUAGAUAUCCAAUGCCAGGUGCCGUUCUUCGUGGCGACUACGAUGGCUUCCGGCUUCGCCGCGACCUGGCGGCCGUCGGCGUUGGUGCCCACAGCCGACACGUACGCGCGCGCGGCCGUGGGCUGGAUCGGGAAGGGCGGCCCGCUCUGCGUGCCCAACCUCAGGCACCGGCUCCUGGGGUGGUAUUUCGCCACCGUGCCAGGCGGCGUGCAAGACUGGUUCUGCCUGCGCGAGAAUCUGCGGCACAGAAAGAUGCUCCGGAGAGCGAGAUCGCCGAGGGCGUCAGCGUGCAGGCCGCUUGGCCAUGGGAUGCCAUCGAUCGAGUAGGAAAUCUGCAUUGGUUUAGAAACUCUCCGGAUUGUAGUGCAUGUCAGUUAUUUUAUUACUCCUUUCUUUAGACAAAGUUAUUUUAUUACCUGAAACGGAUGGAUGAUGCGACGCUGUUAAAAAGACAGUUUUAAUAAGAAAAAGGACAUCGAGGCUGCUUUCACUGUUCAA